UUCAUGUAACAUCUCAAACGUCACACAUUGGAGGUUAGUGAGGUUACGUAAAAUGUGAGGUUAUAGAACUUGUUUUGUAAUAGAUAAUUUCAAUGAAAAUUAUUAACUUCAUAAAAAAUAUAGUUAUUGGAGUGCCCAUUGGUGUUACAAUUCUUGAUACUGUCGGUUAUGUAGCUCGUGUGGAUGGAAUUUCCAUGCAACCCGCUCUGAAUCCUUACCAAAACACAACAGAUUAUGUUUUUUUGAAUAGAUGGUCAGUAAAAUCCUACGAUAUAAAAAGAGGCGAUAUAAUAUCACUGAUCUCCCCCAAAGAUCCUACACAAAAAAUCAUAAAACGAGUAGUGGGAAUUCAAGGUGACGUAGUGGCAACACUCAGUUAUAAAUCAACAGUUGUUAAAAUCCCCGAAGGACAUUGCUGGGUGGAAGGUGACCAUACAGGUCACUCCAUGGAUUCAAAUAAUUUUGGCCCAGUCUCUCUUGGUUUAGUUACAGCAAAAGCCUCCUGUAUCGUAUGGCCACCAUCAAGGUGGCAGUUUAUACCGUCCUUCUUGCCUGAUUCACGUGUACCUCUUAAUCUCUCUUCCAAGUCGUUGUUAUAG